AUGAAGAGAUUGUGGGCUAAGUAUCGACAAUCUCGAGAUGAAGAUCAUGAAGAGAUGUGUACGACUAAUGCUUUUGUGGUAGCAGCAGUCGUUGAAGCUGAAGCUUCCUCUCAAACACGACGAGGGGGUUCUCGACCGGGGCGUGCAUCGAAUGAGGAGCGAUUUAGGAAAUCAAGAGGGAAAAACAUGAUGGAAGAUUACUUUGUGGAGCGACCAGUUUUCAGUGAAGAGGAGUUCCAGACACGGUACAGGAUGAAUCACAAUGUUUUCAACCGCAUCUCCAAUGACCUUUGUCGCUAUGACAGGUACUUUGUCCAGAAAUCAGAUGCUGCUAAGAAAGUCAGACUACUUCCCCAGCAGAAGCUGACAUGUUCCUUAAGAAUGUUUGCUUACGGUGCUGGGGCAGAUCAAUGCGCUGAGUAUUGUCAGAUGGCGAAAUCUACCGCCAUCGAGGCUCUGAAACGAUUUACAAGAGGAAUCGUUAAUCUGUACUCAGAAAAAUACCUCCGGGCUCCUACUCCGGCCGACCUCAGAAGACUUUUCACCAAAGCUGAGAUAAGAGGUUUUCCUGGGAUGAUUGGAAGCAUCGACUGCAUGCACUGGCAAUGGAAGAAUUGCCCAACAGGUUGGGCUUGA